AUGGCCUCGCCACCCAAGCCGUGGGAGCGUCCCGGCGCCACAGGCACUAGAACUGCCACCCACGCCGCCCCGACAGCAGCAACGACAACAACCCCCCUGGCUUCCAACCCCGUCACAUCACCCGCGUCCUCUACUGCCUCCGCCUCCGCCACUCCCAAUGUCCCUCCCCGUCCUGAUUCCCUAAACGCUGCCGCCAACCCGAAUGCGUCGCCGUACAAUCGCGCCGCCUAUAACUCUGGAUACAGCCCUUACUCCUCUCCCUACCCAAGAUACGGAGGCUACGGUACCGGAAUGUACGGUAGCAUGGGUGGUAUGGGUGGUAUGGGCGGUUACGGCGGCUACGGUGGUAUGUAUGGGGGCAUGUACGGCGGCAUGCCCGGGAUGAUGCCAAAUGAUCCGAACAAUCCCAACAGCCUUACCAGCCGUUUUAGCAACAGCACCCAGGCUACUUUCCAGAUGCUCGAGGGGAUCGUUGGUACCUUUAGCGGCUUCGCGCAGAUCCUCGAGAGCACCUACAUGGCCACCCAUUCGAGUUUCUUUGCUAUGGUAUCGGUGGCCGAGCAACUCGGGAAUCUGCGCAAUACUCUGGGAUCCCUCCUCGGCGUUUUCACCAUGAUGCGAUGGAUUCGCACGCUGAUCGCUAAAUUGACCGGUCGCCCCCCUCCCGUCGACGCGACCGCGCUUACCCCGGCGUCCUUCGCCCAGUUCGAGGGACGUCAAGGGCCAUCAGCCGCGAAGCCUAGCCGGAAGCCCCUCGUCUUCUUCAUCCUCGCUGCCUUCGGCCUUCCGUAUGUUCUCAACAAGAUGAUCCGAGCCUUCGCCGCUACGGCCGAGGAGGAAGAGCGUAAGCGCGUCCAGGUUGCCGCUCACAGUGCGCCUCUCGAUCCCACUAAGCUCGAGUUUUGCCGCGUGCUGUACGAUUUCACUCCCGAGGCCGGAAAUGCUACACCCGGUGUCGACCUGGCCGUCAAGAAGGGUGACUUCAUCGCCGUAUUGAGCAAGAGCGAUCCGCUGGGCAACCCGAGCGAGUGGUGGCGUUGCCGGGCCCGGGACGGACGUCUCGGAUACCUACCCGCGACGUUCUUAGAAGUAGCCAGACGACCUGGCCAACCCAUCGCCGCCAUCAAGGCCGCCCCCAGCGAACCGACCACGGCGUCUCAGACAAGCCCGAUCCCUCCGACGCCGGUAGUAUCGGGUAAGCCGGGGGAUAUUUCCGCCGAAAGCUUCCAGAAGUCCCAAUUUCAAUCUUAA